CAUGUUCCAGGUUCAAAUUAUAUUAUUACAUUUAUGAUAGAAAGACUUUUUGAACAUUUGAAGUCCAGUUUUAUUGAAAUGGGGUUUUUUUAUGAUUUCAGAGGAUUUCUUUGACAUCCCGUCCAGUUCUCCCUCAGUCACAGACACUUCGCCUGUUAGUUUGGCUCUUUGCAUCCUCCUGUUAAUUUUAUCAGUUGUUUUUCUUGUACGUAGAAAGAGGAAAAACGUGAUGAAGACCAAUAGAAGGCCAAAGGAUCAGACUGAAGAUGUUCGAGUUUCCACUGAGGAAGACAGAGAGAGAGAGCAGCUCAAUAUGAAGUUGCCAAUAACUUCAAGGCAGCAGCUCCAGGAGGAACAACAGAGGAGGGAGGAUGCUGAAAAUACACUUGGCGACCUGCAGAACGAUAAAGAAAAGCUGGAAAACGAGCUCCAGGAUGAGAAGAAGAGGAAUGAGGACCAAGAAGCAAAACUCAAAGAGUUGGAGAAGAAGAAUACUGAAAUCAUCAAUCAGCUCCAGCAGGAGAAAGAAACAUUAGAGGAGCUGAAGAAGCAGCUGGAGUCCAAAAAUCAGGAGCUUUCUGACAGCAUCAGUGAGCUUAACAGGGAGAAAAUGAUAAGGGAGAGUGAAAUAAACACCAUGAAGAAUCAGCUGGAGUCCAACAAACAGGAGAUGAUGAAAUCUGAGAGGGAGAAGGAUGAAAUCAUUACGAAGCUGAGGCAGACGAUCCUUGCACUGGAAUCAAAGGUCAGUCUCCAGGAGGAGAAACAGAGAAGGGAGAAAGCUGAGAAACAAGUUCAGAUGUUGCCAACAGAAACAGAGGAGGAGAAACAGAACAAAGAGGAAACUGAGAAAAAAGUUCAGACCUUGCAGAUCAAAACAGAGAAGAUUUCUCAAAUCAACAGUCCGUCCAAGCAGAAGAAAUAGACACUGAAGGAGCCUCAGAAAGAAGUCAAGGAACAGCCCAAAAAUCAGUGCUGUGCUUUCUGAUUCGAUUUUUAUUUUUAAAUAAUUAGUUUACAUUUAUGUUUACAUAAAGUGUGAUAAAGCAAAUUGCAAGGCACCUAUAUGUGUAUGUGUGUGUGUGUGUGUAGGACAGCGAGCAAUUUUAAAAUGUGUAACUUGAAUGCUGUUAUACCCCCAACUGGUCACAGCAGAUGUCCGCCCCUCCCUGAGCCUGAUUCUGCUGGAGGUUUCUUCCUCUUAAAUGGGAGUUUUUCCUUCCAACUGAAACCAAGAAACUGGACUCACAUGGGAUUUUUUUUAUUGUUGGGGUUUUCACUGUAUUAUUGUAGGAUCUUUACUUUACAACAUAAUGAACUUUGUUUUUGUGACGGUUCUUA